AUGGCACGAAGGGUGUUCAUCGUAACCGGAGGAAAUAAAGGAAUUGGCUUUGAAACAGCCAAGAAGAUAUGCAAAGAACUAAAGAAUGAAGACGCAACUGUUGUUAUUACCUCUAGAUCUCCGGAAAAUGGCGCGCAAGCUGUGGCAAAACUGGCUGGAGAGGGUCUGAAGGUGGAAAUGGUGCAGCUGGAUAUAGCGCAUAAGCUUAGCAGGGAAAUGUUUGUUGAGACUAUUCGAAACAAAUACGGACAAGUCGAGUGCCUUGUAAACAAUGCAGGCUUCGCUUUCAAGAAUGAUGCAACUGAACCCGUGGGGGUGCAGGCAAGGAUGACCUGCGGCAUCAAUUACUACGGCACUAGAGAUCUAACGAAGGCCAUGACGAGCCUUUUCACGUCGGGCUCUCGCAUUGUUAACGUUGCAUCGAUGGCUGGACAAAGGGCCCUUACCCAAAUGACUCCAGAGAGGCGACAUCGCCUGAUGAGCAAAUCGGCAACGCUGGAGGAUAUCGACAGUGUCGUUGAGGAGUACCUGGCGGACUGUGCAACUGGCCGCAUGGACGGCUGGCCUUCUACAACAUACGGCUUCUCAAAGGCUGCAGUAAUCGCCAUGACGGCAGCUUUGGCCCGAAUGUCCGAUAAGUGUCCAGCACUCAAAGACAGAGAGGGGAUGGUGGUCACUUGCUGCUGCCCAGGGUGGUGCAAGACUGACAUGGCCGGAUGGGAGGCUCCUCCCCUCUCCGCAGCAGACGGCGCGGAAAUCGUAGGGUCUCUGGCGUUGGGAGCCACCAAAGAACACCAUGGAAAGUUUAUACAAAAGGAGGAAGUACAUGACUUGAGGGAGGACUAG